AUGUCUUCCAACUCUAACAACAACCAACGCCCACUCACCGCUCAAGAAGCGAGAGUCUUAAACCUCAUUGACGCUCACCUUCGUCUCCUCGUCAUCGAACCCCCUCAACCCCCAAGGAACCAACCCCCAAUUCCACGAACCACUUACGCGUAUUCCCAUCAACAACAAUCAAGAGCCGCUCAACAACCAAGAGCCGCUCAACAACCAAGAGCCGCUCAACAACCAAGAGCCGCUCAACAACCAAGAGCCGCUCAACAACCAAGAGCCGCUCAACAACCAAGAGCCGCUCAACAACCAAGAGCCGCUCAACAACCAAGAGCCGCUCAACAACCAAGAGCCGCUCAACAACCAAGAGCCGCUCAACAACCCAGGUACCACUCACGCGAAGAAGAAGUUCUCUAUCAACAAUGGCAACAACACUUGAGGACUCUCGACUCACCAACUAUGGAUGAAGAAGAUGAUGAACAGUUUGAAUAA